CCCUCCUCCUUUCUGUUUUACCAACAUUCUGAGUCUUUAGCAAAUGUUGUCCGCAUAUCGGGUCCCCUUGCCGGUGGAUACCAUGUUCGGAAACCCAUUUUCGGCUUUCGAUGCCGGCUUUACGCCCUGGGACUGCCCCCAAUUCUUGCCAACCAUCCAAUCCCCUGAACCUGUCAUUUCGAACUGCGGUUCUCCCACAUGGGAACCGGAUGCUUUUCAUUCUUCCAAACCGGUCAUUUCUAGUUCCGGUUCGGAUGAUCCGGACCCAAACCAAACCCCGAAUCAUGUGAAUUCCAAUUCCAAUUCCGGUUCCGGUUCGGACGAGCCGAAACCUAGACGAGAUGUGCCUCCUGUGGACGAGCGGAAACGGAGGCGGAUGAUAUCGAACCGGGAAUCGGCCAGGAGGUCACGCAUGCGUAAACAGAAGCACUUAGAAAACCUAAGGAACCAGGUGAACCGGUUUAGGAUCGAAAACCGGGACCUUUCGAACCGCUUGCGCUUCUUUUUGUAUCACUGGCACCAUGUACAGACAGAGAACAAUCAGCUCCGGUCCGAAUCCCACGUGCUCCGACACAAACUGUUUGAGAUAAGUCGAAUUUUGGCCUUCCGGCGACUGCAACAAUCCACAACUGCAUGGCCAUGCAACACUGCUACGUCCGAACCAAUCCCACCAUUAAUUGCAUGAUCUUAACUAUAUAUAAUAACGGCUUGAUCAGUUGAACCUAAAAACGAGAACAAAGAGUCCUCUAGUCUCCCUCUUCUCUCUCUCUCUCUCUCUCUCUCUCUCUGUAUAUCAGCUGUUAAAUUAAAGAAAAUGGUGGGGUAGUCAGUGCGAUUUUUGGGAAAGAAUGGUUUGGAGAAAAUGUCAGUCUUCUGCGAAACUAGGGUUAUUAUAAUGUUGUGUAAAAACUUUAGUUAGUGUUUGGUGUAUUAAAGCAUAUAUUUUAUUAUUUUGCUCUUUGUCUAGUGUUAAAAUGAAUAUGGUACACUAAA